CGGCCGUAAACGCAACCAACGCAAAAGCAAAACCCUACCUCCCCCACCGCAACCGCGGCGUGCGGGGUGCGGGAUGGUUGUCUCCUUCAGGCUCUCUCGCCGCGGGCGCCGCAUCCACCCGCCGCCGCCGCCCGCCUCCACUCACGUGACCGGUGAUUCGCGUCCUCACGCCGCGGCAUCCCUUGACGUGCCGCCCCCGCCUCUUCCGCCGUGCGAAGCCGCCGUUUCGCGGCUUCAUACUGGAAUUACUGCUCGAUCUGAAUUGCCUGACAGAAAUGGAACUCUUCCUGUCGAAUUAGAUCUUGAGCCGUCCUUUGCACUGAACCUGUUUCCGGAUGGGUAUUCAGUCGGAGAGCCGGGCAAGGGAAUGCUAUUGUAUCUGAUUGGUGAUGAUCCAAAGAAGCAGCCAUACAGCAGGGCAUCGAGGGCUUUGCUUUCUGAUAUUGAGCAUGGCUGCUUGCCUCAGGACAUCUUACACGGCAUCCCUUGCAAAUUCCAAAAUGGAUCUACUGUGUGUGAGGUGAGGGACUACCGAUCUGUUUUCUCUAGCGGUGAUGAUUAUUCAGGAGAUGAUUUCCCAAGAGUGAAUAGAGUCCAUCUUAGAUUGGGCACUGACUGUGUUGUGAAAGAUCUGUCUUCCAUUGCAGAUGCUUCAUGGACAUAUCAUGAUCAAUUGACUGCCGAGUCUAGCAUCCUGAAUGCCUUGCAACCCAGACUUAAUUUGGACCCUACACCUUGCCUUGAAAUGCUUUGCAAUUCAAGAGCUAAGAAGAUUGAUCUGGGUCUAAAUACGGAAAGAAAGCAUGGUAAAGAUACCUCAGUUCUCAUGAUGUCUACCAAUCCUCCUGAAAAUUGCAAGACCAAGGAAUUCAACGUCUGCAAAGGUGCAACAUUGUGCAUCGAGAAUGCAGCUCUAGAGGGAAAACCAAGUGGAUUAUUGAACAGCUUGUCAAUUAACUGUCCAUCCACUAUCCAUGUUAACAAUGCCAAAUCAGCUGCAAAGUCUGAUACUGACAAUACCCUUCAAUGUUCUUCAACCCUUCCAAACACCUCUGCCUUGUGUGACAGAAUGACUUCUGAUUAUUUAUUUCAUAUUGAAACUGAGCAACCACAAAGGGUGAAAGUUCUUCCACAGAAAACAAAGAAGCUAUCAUAUCUUCUGCGUGAGAAGCAUGAAUUCAAAAAAUGCAGCACUCCGAACAAAAAUGGAAGGUCGACUUCUCAGAAUUCCAAAGGCCCUCAUAAGUCAACAAGUUCUCCAAAUAAGACAGAGCUUGAUAUAGGAUCUCAAAAAAGACUGCAAGUUGAGGCUAAGGUAGGUCAGAAAAUAGGCAACAAGGACAUGGAAGUGCAUGUGCCCUUGUCAGUGCCUCCAAGGGAUCGAUGUACAUCCUUGAAUACAACUAAUCAAGGUAUUGAGAGAAUCCCUGAAAAGGUGGCCCCAUUUGUGGACCAGAACAAUUCUGAUAUGGUAGAUGUCAAUGACCGUGGAACUCCCUUUGUAGCGUCAUUCAGUGGAUGUUCAAGAAAGGCAGCUUGUGAACCUCUUGAGGAUAUGUCUGCUACAAAAUCCCAAGGUACUGCUUCAAAGAGAAAGGCCUCCGAAAUUUCUAUCAUUUCUUUGAACCAAGAAUGUAAAUUGAAAGGGAAAAGGCAGCAAAAUGUUGAUACUCAGAUGAACACACCCUGUAAGAACAGAAGCUUUGGGGAGCCAGCUGUUACUGGUGACAUUAACAGUCAAUUGGACAUUGAUCUAGAACUAGAUAAGGGAAGACAUCAAAUUGAAGAUACAGUUCUUGUCCAUAUUUCUGCCUAUGCUCCUGAAAGCUGCAAGCCCAGCAAAUUCAAUGUCUGCAAAGGUGUAGUUGUAUGCAGUGAGAAUGCAGCUCUAGAAGGCAUGCAAAGUGCGACGUUUAACAGGUCCCCGUUGAAUUAUCCAUCCUCUGUCCAUGUUAAUGAUGCCAAAUCAAUUGUAGAAUUUGAUCCUGGUAGUACUAUUCAAUCUAUUUCUACCCUUACAAACAGCUCUGCCUUAUGUGAUAGAAAACAAGAUGGAUCAAUAACUCCUCCUGACAAUUUGCUUCAGAGUAAUGAAGAGCGGCCACAGGUAACAGUUUCCCAAGUUGACCGUGAAAACAGACAAACACAAAAGGUGACAGUAGUUCCACAGAAGAGAAAGAAGUCUUUGAAAUUGCUGAAUGAAAGGCAUGGAUCAAAAAACCAUAGUCCUCCAAACAAAAGUGCAAGGCUGAGUUAUCAAAAUUCCAAGGGACAAAAGUCAACAGGAUCUUCAAAUAAGGAAGGGUUUCAUUUGGGAUCUCCAAAAGUACCACAAGUUGAGGUUAAGGUAGGUCAGAUAAUAGGCAAUAAGGACUUGAAAGUCCAGGAAAAGGUGCCCUUGUCAGUGGAUUCAAGUUGUCAUCCACAUACUUCCUUGAGCACAAGUAAUCUAUGUGUUAAGAAAAUCCCUGAAAAUGUUAAAUCAUUGGAUAUUUGGUCGAAUGAGCGUCAUGAGGCCCCAGUUGUAGACCUCAAAAUUUCUGACAUGGCAGAUCCCAAAGGUAGCAGAAUACCCUCUGUAACCUCACUCAGUGCAAAUUCAAGUAAGGCAGCUUGUGAACCUGGUGAGGAUAAGGGUGCAACCGAACCCCAACUUAAUGCUUUGAACAGAAAGGUCACAGAAAUUUCUUCCAUUUCUCUGAACCAAGAAAUCAACUUGAAUGGCGAAAGGCAGCAAAAAUUCGAUAUUCACAUUGAGUGUGAGAACAGAAGCAUAGUGGAGCCAGCUACUACUGUUGGUGUUAACAGCAAACCUGAUAUUGAAAAGAUUCUAUCUGAGGUCAUCCUGACUACCCAGAGGCAUGGACUGAACGAAAAGGCUGCUAAAAGUGAUGUUCUUGAAACAUCCUGGUUAUUACCACCAUGUGAAUUCUUCCAGUUUGAAAAUGUUGACGAAAUUCCAUCUAUGAGGGAUGAAACCAUGACAUACAAUGUGUCCAACGGAGCUACGAGCACCUGGAAGAUUAGAAGACUUACUUUCCACCCUUCACAGUAUUCCUCCUCAGGUUUGGUUGAUAAAUCUCUGUACACACUUUGCCUGCUUGAGUCAGAAUCGCUGGAUAAUCAAAUAACUGUGGGAGCCAUCUAUGGAGAUGAGCAAGUGCACAUUACUACUCUUUCAACUUCUUGUCAUGCAGAAAAGUUUGUGGAUCAAUUUAUUUCACUGAUGAAACGUGAUGGAUACAACCUUUGCAAUGAUGAAGUCUGCAAUGAAUCAUCUGAACUCAGACAGCAAUCCGAAGAUGUCUCUCAUCUAGGCUUCCCGACUGGAGAAGAUGCAGACUACCUGUUGUUCUCACCUUCUGCUGUGAAUAGUUUACCGAUUAUCACGAACAACAAAGUAGGCUGUACAAUCCAGAAUAAGCUUCCAGAUUUUCAUGCACCUCCUCUGCAGCCAUUGACUCAGCAGUUGGUACUGACAGAACAACCACUGACCUUAGAAAGCCCAGAAGCAUUUUUCUUGAAUCCCAGUCAUCUGCCAGGCGGUCAACAGUAUACUGGCCAACAUCUCCAGGACCAGGGUUCAUCAUUUGCCUGUAACCCGUUUGCGACGGAUCCGCUCCAAUUUCCAUCUGCCCAACCAUCUCAGGAAGUUUCUGUGGAUCAGUACUUGCAAUGCAGAGAUGAUAUACUAGGAUUCAGUGACAUAUACAGUGCAAGUAGAUACAACCAGUUGCAUCAGGAAGCUUUGAUGGAUCAGUAUUUGCAAUACCGACAUGAUUUACCAGGGUUCAUUCACACGUACGGUAUGAGAACAGCUGCAAGAAGGUACAGCCAGUGGCGGCAGGAAGUUCCAAUGGGCCAGUACUUGCGAUACAGACAUGAUAUACCAUGGUUCAGUGACGCAUACGGUGCAAGCAUGACUACAAGAAGCUACGGUCAAUGGCGUCAGGUUUACACACAGAUGGGUAGUGUGGUUUACCAGUGGGAUCUACCGGCUUUCGGCAGGCAGAUUCACAACAGCCCUCCACUGCAUAAUGGGUGGAGCAUACCACUGUCGGAGCUGCAACCGAUAGGGAGCCCACAGAUGAGCUCCAGGAGCAUGGACUUUGAUGGCAGCGUCACAAGCACACCAGUUCGGAUCCCAAUGCAUCACGGUUACCAGUUCCCGUCGCAAGAAUUGUGGUGAUGUGUGUUGGGCGCUCUGUUGCUACGUUCUUGGCUUCUUUCAUGUAGAGGAUAUAGAUUUCGUUACAGAUAGUAGUUGAUGUGUGAAGUUCCUUGUUUUGUUGUUGCUGUGUAAAUGAGCGUACUGUCCUAUACUUUUGUAAGGUUUAUCUGAGGGUUCUGUAACUAUAGCGCCUCAUUCUUCAUGAGUGAAUACAUUAGUUUGACAAAGGGAAAGACAUUCUGCCAGAAACUGAUUUAAAUUCUCUA